AAAGAUUAGAAAAAGCCCAAAAAAUGGUUACGGAAAGAAAUAGCUUACCUUUAUCAAAUUUAAUCAAUAAUAAAUUUUAUUUAGAGGAAGAAGAGGCUGGUGAAGUUAAUAAUGGCGACAGUAUGGAUUCGGAACAAUUAAAUAUAAACACUACUUCUAAAACACUUC